GCGCAGGCAUGCUCAGUAGCCGGUGCCUACCCCUCCUACCUCAGCAACAGUGCCUACAGGGCUAGGAGCCUGCUUGCAGCAGGAGCGGAGCCGCAAAGCCAUCUUUGCUGGAGAGGGAGGCGGCGGUCCCUGCGCCGCUCGUACCGGCCCGGCUGCACGCCAUGUCUGCUCCAGCUCCUACCCAAGGUCCCACCAGUGCUGGGGCUGCAGGGCCACCUCCUGCUACCAAUGUGUCAAGCAACAAAAGGCUGCAGCAGACACAAGCCCGAGUGGAUGAGGUGGUAGACAUCAUGAGAAUGAACGUGGACAAGGUGCUAGAAAGAGACCAGAAACUAUCAGAACUUGACAACCGGGCAGAUGCAUUGCAAGCAGGAGCCUCACAGUUUGAAACCAGUGCAGCCAAACUGAAGAGAAAAUACUGGUGGAAAAAUUGCAAGAUGAUGAUCAUCCUUGGUGUAGUAUGCGCAGUCAUUCUCAUUAUAAUUAUAAUUUAUUUCUCCACUUGAAAAAGCAAAGACGGAAGACUUGGCACAACUUUGUUCAUAUCAACCAACGAUAUCAGUGUUCCUUUGUUGAACUCCGCUUUUUAAUUCCCAGUGUCUUGGGAUUUUUGCUUGUAAUAACCCAUAAGCAUUCAGUGUGGUGUGUUUUGGAAUUCUGUUGUUUCCACAAGAAACUGUACCAGCUAAAUACUGCCAAGUAGUUCCAUACACUGUCUUAUCACUGUGUCUUAAAAUAUGUAUGCACUGACCUUCAGAAACUGUAGUAUAUGAAAAGCAUCCUAAACAUCUCAGAAUCAGAGAAUGCAGCUAUGGGGAAGCUCCUGCUUAAAGGGACACUGUCAGGUGGAUUGGACCCAAACCUAAGGUUGCAUCAAACUUUAGGGCCAAAAUUCUUAAUCUGAGCUCCUAAAGUUGGAUGGCAAAAUCCACUAUCCAAUGUAACUUUUUGAGGUAGUGAGUAUCUGGUACUCCCAUUAAAGAGAGUGGUACCUACAAGUAUUCAUGUAAGACAUCUUAUUUCAAUUCAGCCAGCCAAACACAGAUUUUUUGAGAUUAGUUGUAGUAUCCAAGUCUAAAAGCAUUGUCUGCAGAAAAUAAAUAGAACUAGAUCAUCAUAUUUUAUGGAUUUUAUUUUUUCAUUAUGGGGUGUUCUGUACAACCAGGAUGGCCUCCAUAUGAAAGCCAGAAAAAAAAAAAAAACUGUAUGACAAACAAAAAAGCAUUAGCUAGCACAGACUUCAAAAAGCCAAGUGAAAUGCAAAAAUGGUAAUACAAGGAUCAUAAAUGACCAAGAUACAGAUUCUUUCAAAAAACUCAAGGCACUGUUUGUCAGACUUCAUGGGACUCUCUUGAAUGCCAGUCCCCAAUACUUACAGCCCUAACUUAAAGCACAUGAUCAAUUUUAGUGAUGUCUGUGGCUUCCCAGCACAAUUGUAGGAAGCUAUCUCUGCACCAUUUUGCAGAAAUGGGUCCCCACUGUGAGGACCAUUCAUAAAUCAGGAACAAGGAGGUAUGAGUAAAUAGAGGGAACAGUAGAGAGAGGCCAAGAAAGGGAAGGAUGACUAGCAAAGCUUCCCUGGAGAAGAGGAAGGCAGAGAAACACUGUUCCAAAAUGGUGGUGUUAAUAGGCUUUUUAAAAACUUAAUUUAAUUUGUGUGUGUGUGUAGUUCAUAAACUAUAGUGUUGUCUUUGUAAAGUGCACAGCUGAGAUAUUUUUCAUACUCAAUUAGUUUAAACUAGCAUUUGAUGUAAUUAAGAGAAAUUAUAUAUUGUGGUUUGAGAGAAGGUUCUUGUAUGUUAUUGUUGUAGGGUUUCUCCCAAAUGUUGAAUUCCUCAUUUUUUCUUUUUUAAACACUGAAUAGUUUAAUCAUAGUUAAGCAAGCUAAAAAUGAAUUGUCAAAUUUUGAGCCAGGAAAUUCUGUAAGGGUAUGUUUAGGAUAACUCCCUGAGAAUUCUAAGAUGAAUUUAUAGAAUUAAAAAAAAAAAAUUGUUUGGUGUCCCGCCGUACCCCCACCGCCGCAAUUUAAUUAGGGGAAAUGGUGAUAACAGUGUAAAUAUUCCCACCGUGGAGCAUCUCUCUUAACAUGGUCUUAGAUUAAAAAAUCAGAGACCCAGACAAGUUCAUUGCAGUGGAUGCAUAUACAAAUUGUGAUUAAGUAGAAUUUUGCAGAAAGAAUAAGCAAUGAUCAGUUGAAUGUUUCCAGUUGUAUUUUUUCCCCUAGGUAUUUAUUACUUCAUAUUCACAUGUACUGUUCCAUAUCAUUAAGUAGUAAGUGGCCACAGUCUUAACAAAACUUAACAUUCAAAGUUACUAAUGUGCUACUGGACUCCCUGGUAUGUCCUGUUCACUUCAGUCCUUCAGCUGAGUAUAUAAACAAUUCUGAAAUCCUCAUGGGCCAGACAGAAAACUGCUGUCAUGAGAGGCCUGACUCCAUGAGGUAUCACAACUGAAUGCUAUGUAUAAUUGAGCCUUCACUGGAAAAGGAAUAAGCCGUCUAUCUUCAGGACCCUUUUUAAACUGCUAAGAUACUUGUCUAGCUGAUAUGAAAGAAUUAUCUCCGCAGUGUGAGACCCUGUCACCUGCACCCAUGUUGAGCAUGGCUUGAUCUUCACAGGGCUUCUCUCCAGGAAUGUUGAAAGGACUCAUGAGUUGAAGAUAGCUUUCACUGGAGAUGGUACGAUCAGUAAGGUUACAUGCUGAUACAGCUCCUUAAUGUAGAUGGUGCUUUCUCCUAUGAGAGUCUGACCUAACUAUUUAGCUGAUAUGGCUGCAAAUACACAUCAAAGAGUUUGAAUCCUCGAGCUACAAAGAUGCAGUUUCCAAAUGAAACUAAUGAAACUGCUCUAAGGAUGCAAAGCUUACAUCCUGCUAGCUAACAUAUUUCAAGAAAGUUAAUAAUCGAAGUGGGAGCUUUAAGGGAGAGUAAACUGCUGGCUGUGGAAUGUAUACUCAUUCUUCUUCAAAACAGUAACUAAUGGGGAUGACUGUUAAAUGUUGGUGAGAAUUUGCAAGGAAGACUUUAUUCAAGAAACCUAGCCUCUAGUGGGUUGUAAAAUGUUUAUGAAGAGGCAAUUUCCUCCUGCGUACUAAUGAAAUAUGCUAAAUUAAGGUGUUUAACUCUUUUAAGUUCUUUGCAUAUAGUGUGCUCAUGAACGUUCAAUGUUUGCUAGUUGUGCUGUGCUGGUUGGUCGCAGUCAGUAAGAUAAGCCAUUUAACUUUUCUAAUUCAGCCCAGGAAGCAUGAACAAGUAUGUCCUUCCCAGAUGCACAGACCAGAGUCAAACCAAUCCUGCAGAGGGUUAAUCCUUCUGCAAGGAGAAUAUGGUAAUAUAGGACUGUUCAGGGUCAUAGAUUAUGCAACACCAUCACCUAUACGUAGACUGGUACAGAGGACAAUCUAUAUAAACACAGUUGGAGAUCUUAGUGUUGAAGCCAAGAUUGAUUGCUUUCCACUCACUGCCUCUACAUUUAAAAUGUCCGUGCAGUUACAACUGCCUACUUGUAAUAGUAAAUUUCCCAUGAAAAGGUUGACUCAUUCUCGUUUAGUCAGCACUGAUGAGAAUUUCAAUUACUGGGUAGAAUUUCAACUACUACUCUUCAUCACUAACUAUUGACUAGACUUUUACCUUUGGCUGAUAAAAGGGCACAAAAGGGCUUCCUUUUACUCACUCCCCAGCAAACCCUCAGGGGUCUGCAAGGCUGAUUGCUUUCUGACUGCCAUCUUGGGGACUGAAGACUUCUCUGGCUGGAAGCAAGGAUUUUGAUAGCUUUAGCCAGAGUUAGAUAUUAUUUGAGACUUGCAUAUUCUAUCCUUAUAAGAUAUUUUUCCUCUGAUCUCUGGGCUACAGCUGUACAGCUAGGAUGCUAGCAUGAUAUGCCAUUCAGAAACAGCAUAGCUGAACUGGGAUGGUUAGGAGCUGUUGUGUGCUUGUACCAUAGCUGUUCGGCUUGCCAAUGGGUGCACAUCAGCUUCUGAGGUUGAAGAAGUGUUACCUGCAUCCACUGUCCACAGGCUAGUAAGGUCCUGCUUGGGAAUUAUAGCUUCUUCCUUCUAAUUUAGCUCACUUUGCAAUAACAUACAUGUGGCUUUAAAACUAAAAAUGUUGAUACACAGGACUUGCAGGAACAGUAGUGUGGAAGCCCAAAUGGGGCACUUGACCUGAUUUUCCCUUGACAACAUUAUGUAAUAGCACAGUCAAUCCAACAUAGUCCAACAUAAUCCAGUAUUAUUAGAAGGAGGAGGGGAGAAUCUGAUAAAGAUUCUAAAUGUAACCUAGGGUCUGUAAGACAAGAAUUGAUUUAGAAAUGUAGUCAAUUUGAUUUUUAAAGCUGGCACUUUAAUUCUAUUGGAACUUGCAUGAAGUUAGCCCCAGGAACAGUUCAGGCAACUAAAAUAUUUGGUUUUUCCUUUUAAAUAGUGAUCUGCAGGAAGUGACUUAAACAUUCACAAUGAUGGAAGAACAGGACAACAUUAUCUGUGCAAGGAAUUAAUAACAACAGUCACAAUCUGCUAUGUUUUUGUCUGCGUAGCAAGACCUUUUGAAAUUCUCCUGUUUGUGUCUCAUUUCUGUCACUACUCCUCUGACAGGGCUUCACAUAACUAUAUGAAUAGCUGAACUACUUCUUGUCUGAAUAAAAUGGAUUUUAGCUCUUGAGUAAGUUCGUGACUCGACAUAUGUGUUAGAGCAUACCCGUGAAAUGGUGAUGUCUGCUUCUCAGAAAUGCAUCUACUAUGGGAGACUCAAACUUCAGGAACUUUUAGAAGCUCAGAUGUUACUCAACUCUUUUUCAUGCUUUUACAGAGUGAGUUUUUCUGUAUUCCAUGGGAAGUUAUCAACCCAGCGGGAGUAUGUAUAAUCUUUUUUUUUUUUUUUUAUGACAGCACCUUGAUUGCUUAUGUUGGUGCUAGACCUUUGCAAAGAAACUAGAGAGCACUUGGGUAUGAUCCAAGAUUUAGAUGUCAAUGCUGCUUCCCCUGCCCUUUAAACAGGGACGAGGGCUAAACCAGUAGCCAUAUAAGGCACUGGGCUCGCUCCCAAGGUACACAGUGAGUAUUAGAGAAAGGCCUCAAAAAGAGCAAAGUGUCUUUUGUCUGGAAUCAUGUCCUGAGCUGAACUUUAGACCCAUAACAGAUCAUAACCUUUGGGCCCUCUGUGUAGUCAGAAGAGUGAGAUGCUCUUCCAGCCAGUUUUUCCUCUCCCCUGAUUUAGGUCCCUCUUGCUAGAUGAGAUACAUUUGAGCAUGUUUCUUCAUGCAAGAGAAAGCACAAGCAUCCUCAAAUCACUUUUUUAAAAGCAAAACCCAAAAGGCCAAAGAAUGUAGUUCGAAAAAAAAUUAAUUGCAUCUAGAGAAAUGAUUGACUGAAGAUUUCUCAGAUGGUGACAUUAUUUUCAGGAGAGAUACUAGAUUGGGAUGUAUGAAACAAACCAAAACUUCACAUCAGUUGUUCUUUCUUCAUCUGGUCUCCUUCAGAAACACUUCUCUAUUCCACUUCAAGAAAGGAUUUUGUUUUCCUCUUCAGUUAAUGUCCCUUCAUUAAUGUAUGCCUCCAUUGAUGUGCUCAGUAGCUUUUUUCUCCAUUGAGAACCAGAAUGCUGUCUGCCUUUAAACACAUGCAUAAAAAGAGUUCUGAGCCACCCAAGGAGUUUACCUUUCUUCCUGAUGCACUGACAUUUAAAAGCUACAUCUUACAAUAAAGCGGAAAAACUGUGGCAGUCUGGUUACAUGCAGUUUUGGUGGAGUAAACACUUGAUUAUUCAACAAUGAGUCAUUUCUGCAGUAACCUCAUUCUGUCAUGACUGUAUCACAUCUGCUAACUCUCCAAAGCAAAAAUCAUAACCUGUACUGGUUUAAAACAUGAAUACAGCAUCGUGGUUCAUACGUAACACUCUAUUGAACCAAAGAAGCCAUGUGCUAUCAGUUUAAAAGGGCAAAGUACUUGUUCGCAAAGAGAAAAUAUCAUAGAGAACAACAAAGAUAAUUAUGAAAAAAGCUUCUCCAUUCUUUAGCUCUUCUCACAGUGUCUGGAUUCUCCAUUAUUCUUCAAGUCUCUUUUCAUUCUCUUAGAAAGCUUUUGUUUUUGGAGUGUAGUGUAUUUGGAACAUAAUAUAUUGGGGCUAAGGUUGUUCUGCUGCCCUCUGACUUGACUCCAUGUCUUCUGCCAUAUUGUUAUUGUUGACCUCAGUCAGAGGUGAGGCAGGCCUGAGUGGAGCAGAACCUCCUCCCUAUAAUGCCCUGCAGUCCUCAAACCAGCCUCCACUGAUGGGACAUGAACACUGGUCACAGAAUAUGGCUCCUGAAUCUUUAUUUGGUUCAGAAUGAUGUGAUACAAAAGAAAGCUCCUGACUGCUAGACAACAGCAUUUUUGCUACACUACUUUAAAUUUAAUUAAAUGCAUUUAACAUUUCUUGUAACAGUAAUUUCAUCAAUGUCAAUGGAAAAGAGAGGAAACAGCAAAUAAGUAUAGUGUGAUAAUGACCAGAUAGUAAAUUGGGAAAUAGUUUAAGUGAAAUAUAGCCAACAUUCAGUAAACUCCUUUCUAUAAGUGGCUGUGCCUAAGAGCACCUUUCGUACAUUAAAACUCAGCAGUGCUAGUCUAUUGAAGUGCAUAUGGACUACUACUUAAAAUGAACUAUGACAAAUUGUAGUUGAAUUUACUUCCUUUCACUUUUAUAUUGAAAACGCAGGGGAUAUAUGCAGGAAGGAUGAUCUAGUAUUUUUUGCAGAGAGCACCAUUUGAGGUAUACCAUCAAAAGACCUGCUGCUGUCGUCAGCUGCAGAAGUGGUUGAGGAUUUCAGUCAAAUAAGAGCUCCAGAGUGCUUGGUAAAGUACGGAUACAUACUGAAUGCCCACUCUGGUCUGCAAGUAAUUAAGUCUUUUUGACACAGCAUGAUUUUGCUUACCCUUCUUCCACUCUAGUAUCUAUGCAUGUCCACCAAUAAACGGUCUAAGGAGAGGAUGGAAAAUCACUUUGCUGAAUCCAUUACACUCCUGUUACGUGUAUGUGAACAAGUGGUGAUGGUCUGAGCUUUUGUAAUGAAAAGAGUUUAAAAGAAUUAAGAGGUCUCAGUAUUUUAAUCUAUAGUUUGAAAUUAGUUUGUCCCCCCGAUAAGCUCCAGGUGUGUUUAAAGUACAAGUAUAUAAUGGCAGCUGCAGUUGUUUUCUUCGUAAGAUCAAUGUUUGAGAUAAUGCAUAUAGUGGAGCCACAAAUUCAUACAUGCACAAUGCACAAUUGUUUUCAGAAGUUCAGCUAUUACUAUUUAUAGUAUUGACCUGAAAGGUUGCAACAAUUUCUCCAUUAGUCACGGUAGUGCUGGCUAGACCUGAAAAUUGUGGUCAGCGUGGCUACCAUGCUGCUAGCAAGCUACAGCGUACUAAAUAAUGCAAGUUCAGCCUUUGAUGAAACUUAAAGGGAAAAAAGAUUCUGAAUAAAAGUAGAAAUGUAUAGUAAAGGCCAUGAGUAUACAGUGUGACCAUUACUUAUUUAAGUAUUAUUUAUCUAUUAUUUAAGCUAUUAGCAGCUAUAGAAAUAGUCAAAUAAUUAGCUUCUGAAGCCUAUUUAUUGAUGAAUAUUUUUUUUUUUCAUUAGAAAUGCUAAGUACAAUCUAUGUUCCAUUUGCUUUUUUCCCAGAUUGGAAAGAAAAGUUUAUGUAGCUAAGACACACUCGCAGGUCUGCACAAUAAAAUGUUACUGAUAACCCACUACUUGUCAUGAAAAACAUCAUUACUUUGUCUUGUAAAUUAAAAAGUCCUCCCUCCCCUGACCGCAUACGUGGUAAAAUAUUAGUCACAUUAUGUAUAUCAGCACCACUGAAAGAUUAGAAAUUAGUACCUCCUACUCAAGAGCAGGGCUUAAAAACAUCCUUUGUCUGUUGCAAAAAUACAUUUUGAGGGGGAAACACCAAUUGUCGUAGAGGUUAAAUUUUUAUUUGACAACUCCUAUUCUCUUUUCCUUCCCCUUUACGAAAGAAGUGCUUAUAUACGUAGGCAAGCAUUUGUCAUUUGGGUGAUACGUUCUCUUUCCAAGAGAUGAAACAUAGCCAGCAUCUACUGUGAGCAACCUUUAGUUUAUUUUGCAGCAUAAAAAGUUCUCUUAGUGGCAAUAUAUGAACUCAUAUUAUCAACUUGUUUUAAUCAUUGCAGGAAAUUAAUUUGUAGCCAGCUAAUUAGUAUUUUCCUUAAUGACUUAUGCUUGAGUCUUAACACAGAAAAGCAGCCUCUGGAGGUGCUAUCUAAUCAAUUCACCACUGUAGACUUAAAAUGGACAGAUGGUUGAGUAUUUCACACUCUCUGGCCCAGAGUGUAGAGUAAUGCAUGUCCUGUUCUGGAAGCAACUUCACCAUGCACUUAAGCAUAAAGAGAAUUUCCAUUCUCUGUUUAAGACAACAAAAACACCUUGUCUGUCUUUACUAAAUCCAGGCCUGAUAUGGAAUCUGUGCCAUGUUCUGAUUCAGGAGAGGAGAAGCCUUUCCUUUGAAUGAUAGAAAAAUUAGGUUGGAAAGGACCCCUGGGGUUUAUCUAGCCCAGUCUCCUGCUUGAAGCAGAGCCACCUUUGAGGCUGGAUCAGGUUGCACAGGGUUUGUCUUGGUGAGUUUUGAAAAUCUCCAAGGCUGGUGAUUCCACAGCAAAUUCUGCCUUUGGAUAUAUUUUCUGCCCUACCAAGGUUGAUAAAAGUGCAGUAUGCACCUUCAUAAGUGUAUGUGGUUUGUGAUCUUGCCUUUUUUUCUGUGUGCACUGAUCUGAUUAGAGUAAAAUUCAGAUCUGGUGGGAGUCAGUGCAACCCCCGUUUUUCAAAGAGCUUCCACUGACGUCAAGAACUUUUCUUUCUUCCUCAUUUACAUUGGACUAAGCCAGAUCUGAUCAUGCUGAGGAUAUUGGGGCAUUCUCUCCCCUCUGUGUAUGUGAAGUCUGCUUCUCUGACAGUGAAGCUGAGGAUAGGUAUAGGAUCAGAUUCAGGACAUUUGGUAAAGUCUAGUUCUGUACUGUCUGAGGUCAGUGACAAGAACUUGAUUGGCUACUAAGUUACUAGACUGGCACCAAAGAAAAAAGAGUAUUUACUGAGAUUACUAUUUCUCCUCACAAGUCACUUUAGCAAUGCUCCACCCUUCUUUCAGAUGCUUCUGGAAUGGCAAUGCAAAACAAACCUUUCUUCUACCUCUUUCCUUUUAAUUCUUCAAGCUUUACUUCCUCUAAUAGGAAUAACCAGAAGUAAGUUUUCGGUUGCCCUUUUAAAAACUAAACUCCACAACAAGUCUUUAAUUGCAUACUUUUAAAGGCCACACAGUAGUGUUAAGCUAUGUAGUAAUGCACUCAGAAAGGGUCUGAAAGUCUGUGUUGAGAACAGCAUUUCUCACCUCAUAGACUCAGCUGUACUGAGCAGGAAAUUGUGAUUUGUGCCUCUACAGAAAGCAUUCAAUUUGCAUCUUAUUAGAGCUACCUGGGGAGGAAAAAUAAUGUUGUGGAGACCAGGAAAUUUCUUCAAGUGCUUUAUCUGGAGGUCAGUGGAAUUCAUUUAUAAAUGAUGAAUGCAUGCAUUUUGAUGAUAAAAUUGUGAUGACUUACAAAGUUUGAUAUUACUGUACUUUUUUGUGGACAGUGAUUUUUUUUUAAGUGGUAAACAUAUUUUCCAAGAAUAUUGUAGACAUUUGUAACAUGUAUGUUUGUGCCAAUAAAUCUUGUUUUAAG